UUUUUUUUGCCUGACAGAGUGACAGAGCGCCGCAUCGGGUGAACCUCUCACGAACGAAAUUCUUGUUUUAAUCUUUUAAUUUCGCGUCCUCCGAACGAAAAUUGAAAACAAAAAAAAAUAUAAAUCAUCCAAUUAAAAUAAAGAAGUUUCAUCAAUUUUUAACAUAAAUCCACUCCAUAAUUUUGUGUGUUUGAUAAAAAAGAGAAAAAAAGGGAAAAUCUUAUGUAUGCAUGUUUUUAUGAGAAAGAAAAAAUCCAACAAAAAAAAAAGUGCAUAAUUUACACGGAGUGCAAAAAAUCGAUUUCGUUCGUAUAGUUCAUGUUGAAUAGAGUUGUUGUUCACCCGGGUUGUGGUGGUGAAAGGUGAAAAGAAGAAAAAGAUAAUCUACACAAGAAAAAGAAGAGAAGAAAAAAAACGCGCGCGUCUCUCCUGGCAACAGGAAUUUGUUGUUAAAUUUUAUUGUUUCUUAUCACGAAAAAUUUGUUUAAAUUUUAAAGAAAAAUUCUUUAAAUAAUUUUUGUAACAAAUUUUCCUAUUGAAAGUGAAAGAGAGCAAAUUAUUUGAAACAAAAUAGUUUUUUGGCCGCAUCCAACAACAACAAUUCACCAUUAGAGGUGAAAAUUGAAAAAAAAAAAAUUUGCACGGCACAUUAAAAAAAGAGGAGAAAAAAAAACAUCACGAGAGCGUCUCUGUCAAAAAAGAAAUGCAAUAAAAUUGGUUGCACCGAAAAAAGAAAAGAACACUCAUGUAAUUCCUCUUUAGAAUUGCUUGACGUUCUUUAUACACCACCACCACCAACCGCCACCGUGCCGCAUUAUAAACAACAUAAGUGCAUCAUCGUCUUUCAUCGUCAUUUGAAUACUAUUUUCAAGUUGGCGCCUCAAUUCAUCGUUGUCUCAUGUCCCAAAAUUGGCCCCCACCCAGCACCGAAUCGACGCCGUUUCGUGUGCUGUUGUUGAUGUCACAAGAAGUGUCCGCAUUAAUGCUAAGGAUACAACCUGCUUCUACUAUCGCUUCUGCAAGGUCAAUUGACCUGCAGUUUUGAACAAAAAUAUAAAAACAGAAAAAAAAACUAAAAAUAAAGAGAUUAUAGCUGAAAACGGACAAAUUUAAAUAUAUAAGUUCAGAAUACUAUAAAUUCGUCCACAACAUUUAUAAAAUUAUAGACUUUAGAGCCAAUAGAAGAAAAUUAAUCAAAAAAAAACUACACUGCAACAAAUUUAGAAAGCAAAAAAAAAAGUAAAAACGAACAAGCACAAACUUAAAAACGAAAUAAUAAAAAGUAUUCAAAUAAAAAAGCUUAUAAAUAAGAAAUAAAAUAACAUAACAAGAUGAAUUCUAACGCACGACAUCUAUUGCACUGCACCCUGCUCAUCAUUGUGAUAAUCUUCUUUGAGAUAUUCUCUGGCGGGAUCAAGAUCAACGAGGACUCCUUUACACUGGUCGAUCCCUGGACUGAAUAUGGCCAGAUACCCACGAUACUUUUGUACUUAUUGCGUUUCCUCACGUUCCUCACUCUGCCGCAGGUGCUAUUUAACUUUUGCGGCUUGGUCUUCUAUAAUGCCUUCCCUGAGAAAGUCGUCCUCAAGGGUAGCCCAUUGUUAGCACCAUUUAUCUGCAUACGAGUGGUGACACGUGGUGAUUUCCCCGAAUUGGUCAAGACAAAUGUUUUGCGCAACAUGAAUAUCUGUUUAGAUACGGGACUGGAAAAUUUCCUCAUCGAAGUUGUAACCGAUAAGGCUGUUAAUCUGGCCAAGCACCGUCGGAUUCGUGAGAUUGUGGUGCCGAAUGCGUAUAAGACAAAAACUGGUGCUUUGUUUAAGUCACGCGCCCUGCAAUAUUGUCUGGAGGACAAUGUUAAUGUAUUGAAUGAUAACGAUUGGAUCGUGCAUCUCGAUGAGGAAACUUUAUUAACUGAGAAUUGCGUGAGAGGUAUUAUCAAUUUUGUACUAGAUGGGAAACAUCCAUUUGGGCAGGGUUUAAUAACGUAUGCCAAUGAAAAUGUUGUUAAUUGGUUGACUACAUUGGCGGAUAGUUUUCGUGUGAGUGAUGAUAUGGGGAAGUUGCGAUUGCAAUUUAAGUUAUUCCAUAAGCCAUUGUUUAGCUGGAAGGGAAGCUAUGUUGUGACGCAAGUGGGCGCCGAACGUAAAGUUUCAUUCGACAAUGGCAUCGAUGGAUCCGUGGCCGAGGACUGCUUCUUUGCUAUGCGUGCCUUCGCCCAAGGUUACUCCUUCAAUUUCAUCGAAGGUGAAAUGUACGAGAAAUCUCCAUUCACACUAUUGGAUUUUCUACAGCAACGCAAACGUUGGCUCCAAGGAAUUCUCCUUGUUGUGCACUCAAAAAUCAUCCCGCUCAAGCACAAACUCCUCCUAGGCAUUAGUGUCUAUUCAUGGGUAACAAUGCCCCUUUCCACAUCUAACAUCAUCUUUGCCGGGCUCUAUCCGAUUCCAUGUCCAAAUGUAAUGGAUUUCGUGUGCGCCUUCAUUGCAGCCGUUAACAUUUACAUGUACGUUUUUGGUGUAAUCAAAUCCUUUUCACUAUAUCGCUUUGGAUUGCUGCGAUUCUUGCUGUGUGUCAUGGGUGCAAUAUGCACCAUCCCAGUGAACAUUGUUAUUGAGAAUGUGGCAGUGAUUUGGGGUUUGUUUGGUAAAAAACAUAAAUUCUAUGUUGUACAAAAAGACAUCCGAGUAUUGGAGUGUUAAAUGUUAAGAGUGCUGAGCCGAGGCCACCUUCGGACUUGCUGCACACAAAACCAUCCACCACCUCAUCUCAUCUCCUUAAUGCUGCGGUAUUCACUUAGAUUGUAAAGUAUUUUUUUUUUAUUUUAAAUAAUUAUUAAUUACACUAAAUUUAGUUUUUGUACAUUUAUAAGUUUUUUUUAAUUUCUUUCCUUAAUCAUUGUACAUUAUAUAUAUUUUUUAUGUGACAUUUGUUAUAAAAAAAAUCUUUUAAAACAAAAGCAAUUGUUAUCUGCAUUACUAUUCAUCAUUGUUAUCUUGGAAAACUGUUUUAUCUAUUUAAAAAAUAUUUAAGAAAAAAAAAUAACAUUGGCAAGUUUUUCGUCGUUUAAAAAAGAUUUAUUGUACCUUCAAAACUUCACAAGUCACCCUUUUUGGAGAUUCACUGUUGCAUUGAAAAAUAAAAAACAUUCAUUUCACACACUCCCACACACACCUUCACAAAAAUUGUAUUCAAUAUUAAGACUUAAAAAUUAAAAAAACAAAAAAACUUAAAUUAUAAUAAUUUAUUUCACAUAUUUUGUUUAAAAAUAAAAAAUUAAAAAAAGAAAAUACUUAUUUAUAAAAUAAAGAAAAAGAGUAGAAAAAAAAAUGCAACACAAAUUUUAAAAGAAAAAGUUAAAAUAAACAAAAAAAGGAAAAGAACAAAAUAGAUCGUCAUAGAAGAUAAAUUAGAAAAAAAAAGCUUUUUUCGAUUAAUUAAAAAAAAAACAUAAACUUAAUUAAAAUUAAACAAAACUUUUGUUUGUUUUUUCUAUAAGAGAAGAAAAUGUGAAUGCACCAAAUACUAUCUUUAAGAAAGUUAUGUUUAACUAUGCUUAAUACUUUUUUUUUCUUUUUGUAAAUUUAUAUAUUUUAAACAAAACAAAAAAAAAAAACAUAGUUA